UCAAAGGGCUCCACGCCCACGACCCAGUCAGAGGCGAGAAAAGGUCUGGGUCGAUAUCCCCUUGCCCAAAAUAGACAGGUCCGCCUCCACGUCUAUACAGCCCAACACCAAUACGAGUUACUACGUGCACUAGGUUGAUGCAAACUGUAUCCGCCUGGACGGAUUGCGAGCAAUCAUUGUAACCAAAAGGCACACAUUCGCUUGCGAAUAACCAUACUUGGCAGGACAUAAGACAGGCCUACUUGAUCUAUCAUACACCCUAACGCGUGUGUAACCAUGGCCCGGCCAGACUCCUUGCCAGCGAGGCUCCCUCGUAUAAACCCUCCUUCUACAGGUAACAAUCAUUCAUCCGCCGCCCAUAGUGCUUCAUUUGCGCAACGAAAAGUCCAGCCUUCACGAUCAUCAAAAGUGCAUAUUGUCGAGGGUAACAAGAUGAUGCGCGAUAUUGAUCGUCCUCCGCCCGGCGACCCCACGGGUUCUCGAAAGUCCCAACUGCAUCCGGAGCUCAGUAAGAAACGGAGCGCUUAUUGGGAGAAUGAAUUUGCGGCGGCCAACCGGGAUCCGGACCCGGUCCGGGCUCGCAUACAGAACGAAGCCAUCGUCAUGGCUGAUUUACGAACGAACGUCAUCAUCAAGGACGAGUUCUCUUUCAUAACAGAUCUUUCAUAUCACUUAUCCAACAGAUAUCAGCGGCCAAUAUCUUCUAUCGUCAUCAACCUGAACCAUGGCUGCUGCAUGAUGUUUGGUGGUUCCUUCGACCCGGCGUACACCUUGACUAUCCAUGCACUGCCAAGUCUAGUUCAACCUACGACAAACAAGAGGAACGCGGCACUCAUCCAAAAGCACAUACAAGAGACCUUAGGAGUCGUAACAUCUAGGGGAUAUGUGCGUUUCGUCGCUACUUCCGAGGAGAACGUCGCCGUUGGGGGCAAGACGAUUGCUGCUGAAAUAAAUGAAUCGAACAACGCUACGCCCGAUGAGAAGCCUGCCGAGAUUAGAAAAGGUGCCAAGUCAAACCGAAGGAUUGGUGUUAAGUCUUUUGGGAGCUUUAGAACAGCUUCGAUGUCGGACCUUACGAGAGUCCCUACGCCACCCCCGAGCACCUCAGACGAGACUACACCCAUUACGACUAUUCCGGAGGUGCCUCCUACGCCCCCUGAAGAAGACAAGUUGGGCGAGCUCGUCGAACAGAAACCGAUCAAGACAGCGCCGCGUCGCAAAAGUCUACGGUUCAGUCUGUUUAGUGGCAAGACGGCGGCGUAGAUUUGAACGACCCGAGGUCGUCAUGGAUUUUACAUGGGGCUGGAU